AUGGCGAUUAAGCUGGUUGUGGCAGGGUCUACUUUAAAUGUGAUUAGUGCUUGCGCGCUUCAAGUGGGUUUGGACGAGGAGAUUAAGAGGCGCUUCUGGGAAGAAUUUGAUGGGUUGGUACGUGGCAUUCCGCUCACCGAGAAGUUAUUCAUAGGAGGUGACUUCAAUGCUCACAUUAGGGCGACAUUUGGGAGAUAUGACAGUGUGCAUGGCGGCUUUGGCUUUGGAGUUAGGAACGGAGGAGAUACUUUGUUGUUGGACUGUGCUAUAGCCUUUGAUUUUGUGAUUGCCAACUCGUGUUUCCCGAAAAGGGAGAAACAAUUGGUUACAUUUCAGAGUUCGUUGGCCAUGACUCAAAUUGAUUAUUUAUUCCUCCGGAAACGCGAUAGGAGUCUGUGCAUGGAUUGCAAGGUUAUAUCAAGCCAGAAUCUCACGACCCAGCAUAGAUUAUUGGUGAUGUAUUUAGAGAUCGUGAGGAAGAGGAGAAAGAUGUUCGUGUAUGGUCAACCCAGGAUGAGGUGGGGUGCUAUGACUAGUGACAAAGCGCAGGAGUUGGGGGGAGUUGUUAGCUAUGGGAGCUUAGAAGAGCAGUGGAGACGCAAGUUGUAUGUGGACCACGACAACGGAGUGUAUUAG